AACGACAUUACUUUUUGCUAACAAACCUUGACAACCUCUUUUAAGUUCCUUUUAUGGACUCUACAAGUGUUUCGCUAUUCAUCCUAUACACAAAUUUUCUAUACUACUUUGGCGUUGUCAAAUCUCAAAAAAUACAAUGAAUUCCGAGUAUUCUCACUUAUUUGAGAGGUUAAAUGAACAAUUGAAUCAGGUGGAAGAGAUAUUGCAGCCUUUAAAAGACUCUGAAUCUAUUUUCGAUCUUGUCGAGGAAAAAGAUGAUUUAGAACAAGCAAAGCAGUAUGUAAGUCUUAGCUAUGCCAUUAAUUCUGCUCUGUAUUCUUAUUACAAGCUUCAUGGUGCUUCUACAAAUGAAGCUUCAAUCAUGUCUGAGUUACAGCGAGUCAAGCAAUACGUUGGAAAAAUAAAACACGCUGAAAAGCAAGUCCAGCCUAAUUCAGAAGAGAAGAAUGACCAGCGUCCUAAAGUAGCAAAAGAAGCUGCUUCUCGGAUUAUCAAGCAUCAUACUUGAAACAUUUGCGUUUUACUUAGGAAUUGUGGUUCAUUAGUUUUGCUUACGUUCCUGUAUUUUAUGGCGACGAAUCUCAUAUCAUUGUUAUAUGUAAUCUAUCUCUAUAUGUAUAACAAAGGAAAAAAGAAACGGUUAUUUGACAUCAAUUGUUUAUAACUAUAGUUUCAGGAAGCUUGGCCUCGAAAUCUUCUAAUAACGGCCAUUAUUUCAGAGUACUCAUGAUUUUUUUUAACAGAAGCAGAAACGGGAAACAGCCUCCUCGUUCAUGAGAGAAUAUGCAGACUUUCAGCAUUUUUUGGAUACAAAUAAAAGGGUUCUGUAAACCCAAGGCCUAUCGUAAAUCGCGAUGUGCCAGUUCGGAUGUCGCGCCUCUAUGUCAGUUUUCAGCAACAUUCUAUAUGUUGCUUUUCUCACUCGUUGCAAGUCACAUCUUGCUAAAAUAUUUGCAUCAGUCUAAAUAUCAUCUCAAAAAGUUCUAAAAAAAAAGAAUGAAUUCUAGGGGUUUUUUGCUCAUACUAACAUCAUGUUUGGAUCUUCAUUAAUCAAGCGUUAAUGAAGGUUCGGGUUGCAAUCUCCACGAUCAAAAAAAAUAAAGAGUAUCCGUAAAAUAUAAAAAAGUUGGAACAAAUUCAUAGCAUUUGUCAAUAUUUGAAGAGUUACGUUUCCUUCAUAACAUUUAUUUCAUUACAGUCCA